AUGGUGAGAGUAAAUGCGAGAAAGAGUAAUUGGAAUGGCGAAUGCGUUGAAGCGGCUGUAAUGUCUAGAAAAUAUAGCUACGAAAAAAUCAAGAAGAUGACAAACUCAUUUGCGCAUGUUCUCGGGAAAGGAGGAUUUGGGACUGUCUAUAAAGGGAAGUUACUCGAUGGAGGCCGAGAUGUCGCAGUGAAGAUAUUGAAAGAUUCAAAGGGAAAUGGACAAGACUUCACCAACGAAGUAGCUAGCAUGAGUACAACAUCUCAUGUCAAUAUUGUUCCUCUGCUUGGAUUCUGUUAUGAAGGGAACAAGAGAGCUAUAAUCUACGACUUCAUGCCGAAUGGAUCCCUCGACAAGUUCAUUUUCAAGAAUAUGUCAACGAAGUUGGAAUGGGAAAAGUUAUAUAACAUUGCGGUAGGUGUUUCUCGUGGCCUAGAGUAUUUGCACAAUCCUUGUGUAUCGAGUAUAGUGCACUUCGACAUAAAGCCGCAAAACAUACUCAUCGACAAGGAUCUUUGUCCCAAGAUUUCAGAUUUCGGUCUUGCUAUGCUCUGUAAAAAUAAAGAGAGCAGCAUCUCAAUGCUGGACGCGAGAGGGACAAUAGGAUACAUUGCCCCUGAAGUAUUUUCCAAGAGUUUUGGAGGAGCUUCGCAUAAGUCGGAUGUGUAUAGCUAUGGGAUGGUGGUUCUCGAGAUGAUUGGAGCAAGGAAUGUAGAAAAAAAUUGA